AUGAUACGCAGUAAACUGAAAGUAAACGUCGUCCUUUUGGCUACGCUGGCCAUUAUAGUUUCGGGCUUGACAGCGACCGAAGCGACAAUAGGACUUCUGCCACCGGAGAUUCCAGCAGAGUCCAGUUCACGUUUCGCGGAACCGGAUGCAGGAAUCGUUUUAAAUCCGCGCGCCGAUAUUAACUAUCGUUUACCGAACAAUACCGAACCCAUACACUAUGAUAUCGAACUGACGACGAAUGUGCAUAAUGGCACAAGAAAUUUCACAGGUAAAGUACAAAUUUUGUUCAAUGUUGUCGAGGACACAAGGACUAUUGUAGUGCAUGCGCGUGAGCUGGAAGACUUCCAGGCCAGCAUAAGAAACGGAAGUGGCAUUGAAUAUGCAUUGGUACCCACCUACGAACUAGAAAGAGAAUUUCUCUCAUUAACGCCACAACUUGCCACUGUCAGUUUGAACAAGGGCACCAACUGGACUUUGACCAUCUCAUAUAAAGGUGAAUUGCAUACGGCAUACAGCGGUUUUCACAUAAUACCCUACACCGAUGCGGAAAAUAAAGUACAUUAUAUGGCCACAACACAAUUUGAAUCGACAAAUGCCCGACAUGCUUUCCCAUGUUACGACGAACCAGCCAAACGUGCAACGUUUACGAUUACCAUCAGGCAUGAUGCCUCCUACAAUGCCAUAUCCAAUAUGCCGAAAAACGAAACAGCAAGCUCCACUGGUGUAACCGUAUUCGACAAAACGAAUGUGACCAUACCCACAUAUUUGAUUGCGUUCCACAUCUCAGAUUAUGCAUAUACCGAGGGUUCAUUAUUCGGAUUGCCGCAUCGCCUUUACUCUAAGCCAUCGGAGUUAGGAAAUCAUCAAUUCGGUCUUGUAUCGGGCAUGUUGGUCCUACAAGGUUUGGCUGAUUACUACAAUGUGUCCUUCGUAAUGCCACGAUUGGCGCAGGUAGCAAUACCCUCCAAGGGUGGUGCUAUGGAAAAUUGGGGUUUGGUAACCUAUGGGGAAGCGUAUUUGCUAUACAACAAAACCACUGGAACCACAGCUUCGCAAUUUUCUAUUGCCAAUAUUAUAGCGCAUGAGCUUACGCAUCAAUGGUUCGGUAAUCAUGUAGCGGUCAGAUGGUGGACAUAUUUGUGGCUAAAAGAAGGCUUUGCCACACUUUACUCAUACGAAGUGUUGGAUGAGGUUUUCCCCGAAUGGGAUGUAUAUCAGAGGAUGCACGUAGCGGAUUACCAAUCAGCGCUAAUUUAUGAUGGUCAGGGCACUGUAGUGCCAUUGACGCAUUAUGCACAAACUCCGGCUGAAAUAUCGGCACGUUACGGCACUUCAUCAUAUGCCAAGCCGUCAAGUGUGCUGUUCAUGUGGCAACACGCUUUGGGUGAUAAGGUUUUCCGCAGCGCUUUAAACAAAUAUCUGACCAAAAACGCCAUUAGCUCCGCCGAGGAAUGGGAUCUAUUUGAUGCACUGCAGAGCGCAGUUGAUGAGCAACAGGUGUCCAUACCCGCCACCAUACGGGUUAUGUUCCCGACGUGGUCACAGCAAUCCGGUUAUCCAUUACUCACAGUGACGCGCAAUUAUAACACAAAUACAUUCACCGUCACACAAACCUUCUACAAUGACAAUAAAACCCUUACUUCGGACAAAACCUUCUACGUGCCCUUCAACUACGUGUCACGCUCGAAAUUUGAUUUCCGUGAUACCACCGCCUCCCACUAUCUGCUCAAUGUCAAGGAAAUCAAUAUUACAGAUACCGCUGUGGGCGCCGAUGACUGGUUGAUCUUAAACAAACAGUCCACCGGUUAUUAUCGUAUUAACUAUGAUACACGCAAUUGGCAGCUUAUUGCCGACGGCUUGGCGGAACGUCCAACAAUUGUGCAUCCCCGUAAUCGCGCACAACUCUUAUAUGACGCGUACAGAUUCGUUACCUACGAUCGUUUGGAACAUGCCAUUCUUUUGCGUUUGCUCGCAUACUUGCCCGGUGAGGAUCAGUACGCACCUUGGUACAUCGCCAGCUCCAUCAUAACCAACUACUAUGGAUAUCUCAACGGACAUGCGGAUUAUGAACAAUUUAAAUUAUUCAUUCAAUCGCUGGUUAGCAACGCCUACGAAUUGUUGCAGGUGAAUGAUGUGCCCGGCGAGCAGUUUUUGCGUAAAUACACACGCAAUUUAAUUGUUAAUCUUGCCUGCACUUUUGAUCUUGAGAAUUGUCUCGUCGAUAGCAAUAACAAAUUGAAGACAGUCAUCAAUGGCGGUAGUCCCAUCGAACCUAAUACCAGAUCGCAGGCUUACUGCAAUGGUCUUCGUAGUGCCAGCGAUACCGAUUUUGAUUAUUUCUACAAUGAUUUGCUUAAAACAAGCGACGCGACUUACAGUUCCCUUCUACUUAGUGGCCUGGGUUGUUCUCAGAGCACCACGCAAUUGGAGAAAUUUGUAAAGAGUUCUAUUGAUACGUCUAACUCAUUGACCAGUGCGCAACGUACAACAAUUUUGAGUGCAGUUUACUCGCAUGGUUCCACCGGCUUGUUAGUUAGCAUUGAUUUUCUCAGCAACAACUGGGAAGCAUACGCUAGCCUUUCGACCAACACAGGCGCUACUAAUCCAUUGAGUCGUGAUAUCGUGAGCAUGUCUAACUAUGUUAAUAAUAGAGAUCAAGAAGCGAAGCUUUUGGCUCUUGUCACUAAAGUGAAGAGUAGCAACAAAGUGGCAGCAAAUCUGGAGGACACUGUGACAGCAAACAUGAAAGUGAACUUUGAUUGGUUGGAUAAAAAUAGCGCACAGGUUUUAUCCUUCGUGAAAACUUAUCGCAACAGCAGUGCAACAUUCAGCGCAUCCCUCUUGUCGGUGUUCAUGGUGCUGGUUGUGGCGCUGGCCCGCUUUUGGUAA